CUAGCUGUUCCCAUAAAAAAACAUUUGAUUACUUUAAUAGCAUCAAACUCUAUCGGUUCCGCUACAAACUCGGAAUCAAUUUAUUCCUUGCACAGAUUUGACAGAUUGUUUCUUUGGUGAUUUACUGCGAUAUUUUGAGUAUUUGAGUACUUCCCCAACGUUUGAGCGCCACUGGUAAAUCCCACUUCAGCAGCAAUUUAAAAAAGGUGGGCAAGGUGGAGGUGAACGAGCGAGCACAUGGCCAUGCCAUAGAAAUGUAAAUUUUUCAAUACAGUAGUUGUCUUGUGCUUGCGUUUGAAUGACAAACAACGGAGUUGCUUUCUUUUUCGUGCAAGUUUGUCAAGCGAUUCAAAGCGGAUGUGCGCCACUAAACACGCAAAAGAACUGCGAAACGAUGAAUAAUCGACGAUUUCGCGCUGGAAAAGUGGUUUUUGUCUUGCUUAGAGAAGAUUUGUGACGUUAGGAAGCACGCUUUUAUGACCAUCGUCCCCACAUAAAAGCUCCGUUCAUAGAGAAAUUACAUUUUCUGCACCAUAAAACAAGUUGCGGCAGUUUAUUAUUAAUUCAAUGUUUGCAGAAGCCGUCAAAAAUGGCCCGGAGAACACCCGCGGAUGCAAAAAACGGAAGUAGCAGACCAGUCAGUUUUUAUGACAAUUGCCUGGAAAACGGAAAUAAUUCCGAAAGUCUUGUCAGAGAGACACAAUUUGAUAGUAGUCCAACGCAAGCACACUGUUUGGUGACUACAGUACCUCAAAAUAUUGCCGCUCAGAAUAUCGCAAGUAAGCAUACGCCCAAUAGGAACAGUCUGAGGCAUAGUCGGAUGAUUGCGAUGAAUAAAAAUGGACGAGUGCCUCGAAAAUACUUACCUGCAAUAUUCCGAUAUCACAAAUUAGCCAAAGCUUUGCUCGGCCUAAUAAUACUCUUAGGUUUAUCAAUAUGUUUUUUGUCUCUUUGGCUACUAAUAUGGACCCCAAACAUCCGACAACGAGACAAUCCUCACUGGAGCGGAAUACCAGUACUACUAUCAGGUAUAGUUGGCAUGGUACUGGUUUGUUGCUUUCGAAAGGAGCAUCCAGGCAUGAAAAAAAAUUACUUUGUUUACGCCGUCAAGGUAUUAAGUGUGACUUUGAGCACGAUUGGUGCGAUUUCGGCAUUCACAGCUUCCGCUUUCGCCGUUAUUCACUUAGUGGCGCUGUAUAGCAUGACCUGUACUCCCCCCGGCCAACUCGACACCACUUGCAUGUGCAUUAAAAACGAUACUCUCCCCACUCAAAGUUACCACUAUGUCGACUUGAGUUGUCUCGAAGUUGAUAAUAUUCUCACAAUACUUAUAAUUUUCUCGUGCGCUGUGAAUCUCAUCGUUGGUGUGAUGGAAGUGUGGUACGUUUAUCUACAUUGGGCCAGUAGAUAUGUCUAUACUUAUUCCAAAGUAAGGACGGAAAAUGACCAACCGACUGUUCUACAAAACCCCAGAUAAUUCUGUACCUGUGUGUUGUCCCAAAGAUUCGUUUGUAUAUUUGUUGGUAGGACUUCUUAUUGUUAAAUAAAAGAGUUAUUACAUAUUUGUAAAAAAUUUAAAUAAAGUUAUAUCGAUUUUUCACAUUA